AUGCACAAGAGCGGCAGCAAGUCCGAUUCUUCGCGAGACCCCCCAGCCUAUCAUGCCAGGCGAGCGAACACGUUCCUGGCGUUGGCGAGGCUCACAACUCCAGAGCCUCAUACGGCGACGCGUUACUCCUACGCCACAAAGUCGAAGGUCACCAAAACGGUGACAUCUGGCUCCGGAUGCCAGCGCGUGCUGAAGGCAGUCGGCAGUAUGCUCCAGGUGGGGAUGGCCCAUGUGGAAGACGCCACCGUUGGAGUUGUACCCACUGCAGCAGCGUCGACGGCACAACAUCAGGGGUCCGCGAGGUGGGAGUCGAGCGUCCUCCCUGACGAGCCUUUGGUGCCCAACCACAGCCAUCUCGGUUCCGCUGGCAAGGGGCCGAAGGAGCCAUGGGAGGCGUGCAUGGCUGGUGCAGACGGUAUCCGCCCUCGCAAGGAACGCAUUCUGGCCGCCGCUCGUAUCUGGUACGGCUGCGGUAGCGGCAAAGGCGACUUGUCCGCCGUUUGUUCCGAACUGAGGUGUCCCUGUUGUUGGGAGGGGGGGGGCGGCAAGUUGGACAACAGCAACAUCUCCUGCUCUCGGAUCAAGCACGGAGUGCCCGCCAAGUCUAGCAGCGGCAUGUGUUAUUUCAAGGGGGGUGACGUCAAGGCCGCCACCAACGAAGGAACCAGCCCACGGGAUUGGGCGGUUGGCGCCGGGGGCGGACAAGACGUCGAGAUCUUUACGACGCCGAAGGCGCGAGAGGAUGAUCUUUCAGGUGACGGGGGCGUCACGUUGGGCAAGAUUCUGUACUUCUUCAACGUCAACCUCAACAGGCGUCCGGGCUGUAGCGCACCCGGCCCCGCCAUGGAAUGCGUUCUCGUGUACGAGUACGUGACGUGCGGAUUAGGACGAAGCAAGAAGGAAGAUCUGGCAACUAAGCACCCUACCUACUGGUUGCAAGGAGGGGCAGCUACCACUCCGUCAGAUUUUCCUGUAGAGGCUUUCCGGCGCCACGUUCAUAUGAACCACCUCUACCCGACUUCGAGUUUCGAAGGGGGCCGCAUCGACGAUAUCUCAGAAUCGAAAUCGUGUGAACUACGCAUGGACGACACGGCGAAAGGAGCCGGGUCUAAGGUGUGGAAGCACCACUACAAUUUAGCGACGGCGCCCCGGGACAGGCGACACGGGCAUAGGGACGCGUAUAUGCGGAAUGAACAUUGGCGUGGCGCUUUCCAGGAUGGCGUUGUCUGA